AAUGUGGUUCAUUCUGUAAAUGCUAUAAUUUCAGAUCACUUUGGCAUUAGAAACCAUAAUUGAAAUCUCAGAAAAUGCAAAAAAUUGGUCAGAUGUAUAAUUGAGUUCUCCAAACAAUACUUAUAUUCUAAACAUUGCAAAUACUACAAUAUUUCCAUAUUAUGCAAUUAAUGUUGAACUGCACAAACAAGAUGAUACAUUUUCAUUACAUUAUGGAAUUGGUAAACCUCCAGAUUUUAGUUUAAGUUUAUCUGAAAUUUCAGAAAUUUAAGGAUUUGAUAUAUAUGGGUAUUGCAACUAUACCAAUAAUUCUUAGGUAUCUUGAAAAUAGAUUUACUCAUUUCAUCCUGUUAUCAAGUGAUGAUUUUCAUUCUCAAUAAAUUUAUAUAUCUACUUCAUCAGAAUGGACUUAAAAUUACAAUAUUACAGUUACUGCCACUAAUGAUAAAAUAUGUCCAAACAACUGCAACAACCAAGGCAGUUGCUAAGUAUCAUUUAUAUUUAAUUUUUAGGAUGGAAAAUGUUUAUGUAAUAAAUAUUACAUAGGGAAUGAUUGUCAUUAAAAGGCAAUUUAUAUUGAAUAAAAUAAAGAACUAAUCCUUAGUCUAGAAAACACUGUUAAAUAUGCUUAUGUAGAUUUUGAAGAAAGUGAAAAUGAAUCUAUGAGUUUAAUAGUUAAAGUAUUUGAAAUAAUAAAGUUUAGACUAACAGUUCUGAAGGAGUAGAUUUGUAUAUAAUGAAGACUAGAGUUCUUUACAUACCUGCAUUAGAAGAUUUGAAUACAAAAUAUUAUGAUCUCUUAGUGGAAGGCAAUGAAGUAACAUCCUCAUACCCAAUAGAAUUUGAAUUAAAAGACAAAAAUGAUAAUAGUACUCUUGUUCAAAAAAGAGUAAGGUUCAUAUGCAAAUAGAAGUCUCUAGUAGAAUAAAAUAUUCAUAUUUCUUUGGAUCUUAUUAAUUAAAAAACAUAAAAUACAAUCUCAACUACUACAGUAAUAAUCAUAGUUGCUUCAAUUGCUAGUAUAAUAAUGAUACUAAGUAUUUCAUUUGCAAUAGGCAAAUACUUUAGAAAUAAGAAAAUUAAAGAAGCUAUAUAUGCUUUAGCUAUGAUAAGAUAGAUGCAACAUGAAAAAAAAUUCUGUGCAAAAAGUUUCGAUGAUGAAAUUUUACAACAACUACCUUAAAUUUAAAAUGAUCAAAUAAAGAAUACAGAUAUAUGUCCAAUUUGCCUUGAUCUUUACACUAGUAAACCAGAUCUAAGAUCUACUAAAUGCAAGUAUUAUAUCAAUAUAUAAUUAGACAUUUAUUCCAUAAAGAAUGCAUACUCGCUUGGAUAUAUAUUAACAAGAAUUGUCCAAGUUGCAGGUCUGAUCUAAAAAUACAUAUGAAUCAUCCAGGAAAUCAAUAACAGUAAUGA